AUGUCCCGGAGAAGGGGCAUCUUCAUAGAGAAAAUCAGAAAGGAAAGGACAUCUCCAAAACGCCGCGAAGGAAGGUACAUCAUCGUGGAAAAAAUUACACACACUAGGAAACAUCUUCACAAUGCAGCAACAGCAGGAAACAGCAAUAUAGAGGGGAUGACACAAAACAAUAUAUUCAGGCCGCCGCUGCGGAAUAGCAUCAUAAGGAGUGCCGCGGAAAGAAAUAUCUUCAUAAAAAGGAAACCUCGCGGAAGAAUAUCUUCCGGGUUACAUGAUAGAAGGAGGAGGCAUCUUUAUAAAAGAGCCAAAGGGAAAAAUAUCAGAAAUAUAGCGCG